CCCCUGUCUCCCCAUGAGUCUGCUGAUCCGCAACCUGCAGCGCGCCGUGCCGUUGCGGAGAGCGCCGCUCCGUGGCCGACUGCAGGUGGUCAGGCGCAUCCUGGGCGUGCAGGCCUUCGACCUGGGCCUCGUCUGCAUGGACAACGGCCAGAUGCGCCGAGUGAACAGGGUCUACCGAGGGAAGGACGUCCCCACCGACGUGCUUUCUUUUCCAUUCCACGAGAAUCUGAAAGCGGGUGAAGUUCCCCAGCCACACUCCCGAGAUGAUUAUAACUUGGGGGACAUUUUCCUGGGAGUAGAGUAUAUCCUUCAGCAGUGCAAUCGCAGCGAAGACUUCUACUACUACAACACCCUGGCUGUGACUGCCACCCAUGGACUAUGUCACCUGCUGGGCUUUACCCAUGGUACAGAGGCUGAGUGGCAGCAGAUGUACCAGAAGGAAGAGCAGGUGCUGGAGGAUCUGGGCCGACACCUGGGAACCCAGCUGCAGCCACUGAGCAGGGGCCUCUUCUGAUGACCCCCACCCCGGACUGCCACUGUCCCGUAGACAUGAAGGUGGGGACUCGGCUCUGUCACAAGGAAGACUUGACCCAGAGUCUAGGAGAAGCUGACAUUUUGGUUCUUGUUCUAGAACACUGAAGGUUAUUGUAAAUGAAGGCUUCUGAGCCCUGGGUGUAAGGGUAUACAACAUCCAUGCCUCCUGGGAGCUGUGGAGCACGCGAGGUGGCGUUUCCUCGGGAGGGACGGAGCCAGUGAGGCUCCUGGACCUGGCUCUCCAUAUGACCCUGUGACUGAUGAGCAGGCUGAAGGGGCAGCCCUGGGCAGCAGAGUACACUGCGUCUGAUCCAUGGCCAGUGUCAGAUACAAGAACAUCCUGCCCACGGAUCUCCCGGCAUCUGUACCUUGUUUGGCCAUGGCCUAGACAUGCCCAAGAAGGCCCCAUUCCCCAGGAGCAGGGCGGCAGCAAGCAGCCAGUCUGUGAUGAGCGGGCCCUGCUCUGCAGUCAUGGCCGCUCUGGGCUGCUGCU